UAUAACCUCUGUUCCUUCCUGCCUUCCUCUCCUCCCAUCUUCUCUUUUCUCUUCCUUUGGGGGUGCCUCCUCCUGUGUCUCCGGGGGGAUCGGCUGAGGCUUCCGUUGGGUUGGCAUCGAUUGAUGCGUGGAAGGCAAUGGCGGUGUCCUCGCCAACUUCUGCUCCGGAGAAGAAGAGGAAAUGGCUGCUCAGCAACCGGAAGGUGAUCGACAAGUACCUGCGGGAGGCGAGGGCUAUUCUUGCGGCGGCGCCGGAAGCCGGCAGCGGGGACGCCGUCGCGGCGCUUGGCCUAGUGGACGCGGCGCUGGAGCUGUCGCCUAGGAUGGAGGCCGCACUGGAGCUUCGGGGACGCGCACUCCUCGCGCUGCGGCGGUACCGGGAAGUGGCGGAAAUGCUCCGGGAUUACAUCCCCAGCUGCACCAAGACCUGCUCCGGCGACGACACCUUGUCGUCGACGUCGUCGUCCCUUUCGUCAUCCGGCUCCGGUGACCUCGGCACAAUAUCCAGGGCCAAACUCCUCUCGCCAGACCGCCACCGCUCCGACGCCGCCGAAGCAGGCGCUGCCGCCGCCGCCCGCUCAUUCCGCUGCUUCGACAUCUCCGAGCUCAAGCGCCGAGUUCUCGCCGGCCUAUCCAAGAAUCCCAACACGGACACCCAAUGGAGAUACUUGGUUCUUGGACAAGCUUGCUUCCACCUUGGUUUGAUCGAGGACGCCAUGGUGCUUCUCCAGACCGGUCGCCGCCUCGCCUCUGCGGCGUUCCGCCGCGAGAGCGUCUCAUUGUCGGAGGACAGUUUCUCUUCCUCCUCCCCUGCCGCAGCCGUUGCUCCCAUACCAGGGAACACCACCAAAUCCGGUGCGGCGUUCAUUAUACCGGCCAUGGAGUCGGAGGCCGUGUCCCAGCUCCUCGCGCACGUCAAGCUCCUGCUCCGCCGGCGCACGGCUGCCAUGGCCGCACUCGACGCCGGCCUCCCGGCUGAGGCCGUGCGCCAUUUCUCCAAGAUCCUAGAGGCACGCCGUGGCGUACUUCCGCACCCGUUCGCUGCCGCGUGUCUCGUUGGUCGUGCUGCUGCCUUUCAGGCCGGUGGACGCCCCGCCGACGCCAUCGCCGACUGCAACCGCGCGCUCGCCCUCGACCCCGCGUACAUUCCGGCUCUCCGUGCCCGUGCCGACCUUCUUCAGUCCGUGGGCGCACUGGCCGAUUGUCUCCGUGACCUUGACCAUCUCAAGCUACUCUACGACGCCGCUCUCCGGGACGGAAAGCUCCCAGGUCCCAGGUGGCGACCACAAGGUGGCGUGCGGUACCGCGAGAUCGCCGGCGCCCACCGCAAGCUUAUCGCGCGCAUCCAAGGGCUCCGCGGGCGCGUCGCCGCCGGCGAGGCGUGCAACAUUGAUUAUUACGCGCUGUUGGGUGUUCGGCGUGGAUGCACUCGCUCUGAGCUGGAGCGCGCGCACUUGCUGCUCUCUCUGAAGCUCAAGCCUGACCGUGCCGUGGUGUUUGGCGAGCGGCUGGAGCUUGUGGACGAGCACCGCGACCUGGAGGCGGUACGCGACCAGGCGCGCAUGUCAGCGCUUCUGCUGUACCGGAUGCUCCAGAAGGGUUACUCGUUCAUCAUGUCUGCCGUGAUUGAUGAGGAGGCUGCCGAGAGGCAGAGGGCGAAGGAAGCGGCUGCGGCAGCAGCCGAGGCUGCAGCGGCGGCUUUGGCGGCCAAGCAGGCAAAGGAGGAGGCGGCGGCAGCGGUAGCCACGGCUGCAGCGGUGGCUCUGGCGGCCAAACAGGAAGCCGCGAAGUCAGAACCGGCCGUGCCACCAAUGGCGGAUAGGCCGAGGCAGACGGAGAGCGCACCCUGCUCGAAACGCUGCACGCCAUUGAAGCUCAAACCAAAGGCAAGGCCCGCUGCAACCGUGUCAACAACAAUGUCCAGGAAAGCAGCAACAUCGACGACGGCGAGGACGGCCGCAAGGACGACCGCGGCAACGAUGUCCAAGACAACAGCGACCGCUGUUGCCGCGCCGAAAUCAUCACCAUCAACCACCCCAGUGGCCGGCGUGGCGUCGGCGGCAUCAACGUCUACGGCGCCGGUGUACCAAGGGGUGUUCUGCCGCGACAUGGCGGUGGUGGGGACCCUGCUAUCACGCGGCGGGUUCGACCGCGCCCUGCCGGUGAAGUGCGAGGCGAUGAGCUGCUGACGGGUGCCAGCCAUGACACGGCAAGCAGCAGCCCGCCGGAGCGAUCUGAUGCGGGUUGUACGGACCACGCGGGGACGGAUGGAACAGAAGAUCCAGGAUGGUGGCGGGAAACCGGAGAGAAGUUUGAAUUGUUCGAUACAUCUUCGCUAUUGUACAGUUUGGGAAGAGGGGCGUUUGAGAAAAAAAAACGGAUCGUUCAGAAAACUAGUAAAAAAAAUUCAGAGUGGCAGAGCCAAAUUGUUGGCAGGGAGGUGGAGAUUGGAGGGUAAAUUUUUGGUUGCAUCUUCUUUAAUGUGAGUUGUUACAGUGCCGUUAGCCUUCCAUGUUUCCUGCCGGUUGCAGCUCCUUCCUGUGUUGAGACUUGAGAGCUACCGGUGCCCCUAAUAUUAUCCUUCCACCAUGUGUACAUCCUUCAUUUUUCCCC